UAUUUCGACGGCCUCUUUGCCUCUCACGGCGCAAAAAGAAGUCACAAAGAUUUUGAAACGUCUCAAACCACAGCCAACAUGAAGCUAUUACCCGUAUUAUUACUAGCUCUAGUAUCUCUAGCAUACAGCGAAGAGAUCAAAGAAGAGGAAGAUGUUUUAGUUUUAACAGAAAAGAAUUUUGACGAAGCUGUAGCAGCUAACAAACAUGUUCUGGUGGAAUUCUAUGCGCCAUGGUGUGGGCACUGCAAGGCUUUAGCCCCUGAGUACGCUAAAGCUGCAGGACAACUGAAGUCCGAGAAAUCCGAAAUCAAGCUCGCAAAGGUCGAUGCUACCGCAGAGACGAAACUCGGGGAGAAAUUCCAAGUACAAGGUUAUCCUACUAUCAAGUUUUUCAAGGACGGAAAGCCAUCAGAGUACGCCGGUGGCAGAACUGCCCCUGAGAUCGUUUCUUGGUUGAACAAGAAGACCGGACCCCCUGCCAAGGACCUAGCUACUGCCGAUGCCAUGAAGGACUUCAUCACCAAGGAGGUGGCUGUUGUCGGUUUCUUCACCGAUAAGGAGUCUGACGCAGCCAAAGCUUUCUUGUCAGCUGCUGAUGGUAUUGAUGAUGUUGAGUUUGGAAUUGUUUCUGAUAAAGCUAUUGCCUCAGAGCACAAAGUUGAGGGAGACAAGAUUGUGCUUUUCAAGAAGUUCGAUGAGGGACGCAAUGACUAUGAUGGAGAGUAUGACUUUGAGAAGAUCCAGCAAUUCGUGAAGGCGAACCAACUUCCUCUAGUUACUGAGUUCAGCGAUGAGACUGCCCCCAAGAUCUUUGGUGGUGAUGUCAAGCACCACAUCCUUCUCUUCACCAACAAGACCAGCGAUGGCUUCAAGGCCACCCACGAGGCAUUCACUGGCGGUGCAAAGGACUUCAAAGGCAAAGUUCUCUUUGUCUAUGUCAAUACUGAAGUUGAGGACAACCAGCGCAUUGUUGAGUUCUUUGGAAUCCAGAGCUCUGAGCUCCCCACCAUCCGUCUAAUUAAUCUAGCUGACGACGACAUGACCAAGUACAAGCCAACAGCUGCUGAAAUCACAUCUGAAAAUGUCAAGGAGUUUGUCCAGGCUUUCCUUGACAAGAAACUUAAGCCCCACCUCCUCAGCGCCGAGAUCCCUGAAGACUGGGACUCAAAGCCAGUCAAGGUUUUGUGUGGCAAGAACUUUGAUGAAGUUGCUCGUAACAAGGACAAGAAUGUUUUCGUUGAAUUUUAUGCCCCAUGGUGUGGCCAUUGCAAACAGCUUGCUCCUAUUUGGGACCAACUGGGAGAGAAGUAUAAGGAUCAUGCUGAUAUCGUUGUCGCCAAGAUGGACUCCACUGCUAAUGAGGUUGAGGGUGUCAAGGUUCACAGCUUCCCAACCAUCAAAUAUUUCCCUAAGGAGGGAGAGGCUGUUGACUACAAUGGAGGCAGGACCUUAGAUGACUUUGUCAAGUUUCUGGAAUCUGGUGGCAAGGCAGGAAACGAGCCUGCGGCAGAGGGUGAGGAACCACCACCAGAGGGAGAGGGUGAUGACCUUCCUCCAGAGGAGGGCGGUGAGGUUCCACCUGAGGGCGAGGAGGGAGCCGAGACUACUGAGACUAAGGAUGAAUUGUAAACAACAACAACAACAAUUCUACAUUAGCACACCUAACCUCAACUUUAACAAAUUACUCUUUUCAUCAUAAUAAGUUGUAAAUUUUCUGGUCCAAUUUUGUUAAGUUUAUUUUGACCCAAUUUAUUAGUUUUUUUUGAGUAACUGCAUCCAUUUUGUAAAUUCUUAUUUCUUAUUUUAUAGGAAUAUUGUCGAAAAAUGUUUAAUUUACAAUAUAAGAUAUUGCUCCCAUUCAAUUUGGUAAACAUCAAAACUAUAAAAAAAUUGAAAAAUGUUUACCAUUGUUAGGUUUCUUUGUUGAUAACAUGAAUAUAUGCUGUUAAGUAUAUAUUCUGAGUAGAAUUUCGUCCUAAGGGCAGUUUCAUGAUCUUUAUACUGCCCUGUGGCUGAGGAGUACUGUAUAUGGGUGUGGCUUAAUUUAUGCCUUGGUAGUCCCAUAAUUUAUACGUACAAAACUCUGUUAAAAUAUUGUCUGUGGUUUGAGAUGAAUAAACUGUUUGGAAAUA